AGCGAAAUAGAGGGAUUGACGUGAAGGAGUCGAUGUGGGAUGUUGAAGCCCCAAAAAACCAAAAAAAUUCCAGCCUCGAACGACUGGACAAUGGCACGCGCUAGGCCGAAAGGGGAUAAUCAGGCAUCCAGGCAUCGCAAGAUAAACAAUCCCAACUUGAUAGAUCGCCGUUCACUUCCUAUGUUAUAUGAUAUAUUUUUUCUGGUAUAACACGUUAUUUGUAACCGCUUUUAAUUGCUUUUUAUUUUCCAGAAAGAAAAUAUGUGCAUUGAGGCUAAACUACGAUCUCAAUAUAACCAACAGCAGCGGUAUCCGGACAUGUGUAGUAGCAAGAUUAGAAAAGAGAUUUGAUAAGAAAAAGAAAAAAACGAAAAUAACGACGCUCUUGGGGGUUAUAAAUACGACAAAAGCGGAAAGGGGGUAGUUCACAUAAACAAAACACGGGUCCUAUCUCUGUGG